ACGUCUCGCUGCUCCUGUGGCAGCCUCCGUGGGUGCACGCUUUCAAAGUUUGACUGGGGAAUAGAGGAAACAGUGGAGGCACGGAGGCAGCGGCGGCGGAGGCGGCAGCGGACGCGGCAGCGGCAGCGUCGCCCCGUUGGGAAACGGACGCGCGGCAAUCAGCAUCUGAAAAGGGGGGUGGGAAGGACCGCGGCUCGCCUGGGAGUGUCCGGCCCCGGCGUUAGGAACAAAGGAAGAGGGGGCCGGGAGGAUUUUCGGUUUGUGGAUGGGAAACACAAGAAGGUGAACGUAGCGCCGGAGGAAGUCCGCCGGCUCCAUCCUCCGCCUCCUCAGCCAUGCCGCUCGUUUUCCGCACGCUGCUGUUCGGCUUCGUAACGCUGCUGGUCGUGCUUUUGAUAAUUGAUGAUAUUGCCGUGGUGGAAGAAGAACCUGCAAACGCUGGACAUUCAAAGAAGAUGAACUUGCUCAUCACUAAACUACACAGAACACGCGCUGUGCCGCGCGCGGACCCCGCGUCCUCGACGCGUCCGAGCACGGAGCCACUCCCUCGCCGCCCGAGCUGCAACGCCAGCGCCAGGCUCUCCAGCAGCUGGACCUUCAACAGGACCCUCUCCGCCCUCAUACGGAAGAAUAUCCUGCGCUUCCUCGACCCGGAGAGGGACAUCUCCAUCCUGAAGGGAACGCUGAAGCCGGGCGACAUCAUCCACUACGUCUUCGACCGCCAGAGCACCACCAACAUCUCGGAAAACCUCUACCGCCUUUUGCCGACGGUGUCGCCCAUGAAGAACCAGCACCACCGGCGCUGCGCCAUCGUGGGGAACUCUGGGAUCCUGCUCAACAGCAGCUGCGGGCCCGAGAUUGACUCUCAUGACUUUGUUAUCAGGUGCAACCUGGCGCCGGUGGAGGAAUACUCGGGCGACGUGGGCCGGAGCACCAACCUGGUGACCAUGAACCCCUCGGUGGUGCAGCGGGCCUUCCAGGACCUGGUCAGCACCGAGUGGAGGGAGCGCUUCCUGCGGCGGCUCCGGGGCCUCAGCGGCAGCGUGCUGUGGAUCCCGGCCUUCAUGGCCAAGGGGGGGGAGGAGCGCGUGGAGUGGGCCCUCCGCCUCAUCCUGCUGCACACGGUGGACGUGCGCACCGCCUUCCCGUCGCUGCGUCUGCUCCACGCCGUCAGGGGGUACUGGCUGACUAACAACGUGCACAUCAAGCGUCCCACCACCGGCCUCCUCAUGUACACCAUGGCCACCCGCUUCUGCGAGGAGAUCCACCUCUACGGCUUCUGGCCCUUCCCCCUCGACCCGCGGGGCAGCCCGGUCAAGUACCACUACUACGACGCUCUGAAGUACAAGUACACGUCCAGCUCCAGCCCGCACACCAUGCCUCUGGAGUUCAGGACCCUGAGCACCCUUCACAGGCAGGGGGCGCUCCGGCUCCACACCGGGGCGUGCGACGCCGGGAGGAAACCACAGACGGAGCCUCACAGCAAGUAAAUGACCCGGAACCUACGAAACCACUGUCUGGACUGAGGGGACUUUGUACAGAUAUUUUUCUUGAUACUGUGCUUUUAUGAAACUUGAAUGAACUCAUUUCCAGUAAUUGGAAUGAACCUUUUCUAGGUGAAGCUCUUUUAGUGAGCCGGUACAUUAGCACUGGUACAUUUUACCUUUAAUGAGAUUUCUAUGGCGACCUUUAAAAUAACGGGACCCCCUUUUUUUUUGCUGUAGCUCCUGUCAUGUUCAGCUGUUGCCCUAUAAAUUCCAAGAAUGUUUUGAGUCAUGGAAUCAGAUUCAUUUUGUGUUUUUAUAAAAAUAUGUGCGAUAAAAAGCAGUUAGAUUUGAUGAGAAUUGAACGUUACUGAGCUUGUUGUCAACGCUGGUUUUAAGCAUUGGUCCCUUGUGAGUCAUUGAUCCGACCACAAGAUGGAAGCACUUAAUCUAAAGGGAGCUUGAUGAUGAAUGAAACAUGUUGGCCAACAUUUGUUUUUAUUAUGAUAAACCCUGUUAGUUAGGAUCUUUUUAAAUGCUUGAUACUUUUACAUGUUGUGAUAAAGCCCCUUCAUUGGUGCUCACAGAUUCCAACGGCUCGGUUGCUGUGGCUGCUGCCUGAUUGUCUUUGUGUCAGGUUACCUUGAGCGCUCGAAGGCGGCGUGGAGGCGCGUUGAGUCGUCUUCGGCUUCUAAAAGAGGAGUGAAGCGGCUGUUCACACAUGGAGGUUUGCACAGGGCCUCGUAGGCGUCUGUAAGCACACUUCUCUGAGAACACCGGCCCCGUUCCCACACUGGAAAUGCAGUAGUGAGGUCAAAGUGCAGUUUGCACAGUGCUACGACUUGCCUUUUUUUUUUUUUAAAUGAAUGUAUCACGAAUGCAGUGAGAAAAGGAAGGAGCCCCAUAAUGUGCUUUAAAUGAAUUCCUUUGGUUCGGGUGCAGGAAGAGCUGGUGUCAUGUUUGCCUUCACUCUGGUGUGACUGACUUCCUAUUUAACCACUUGAUGAAAAAACUGAUGGUUACGUUCCUGUUUUUCUGCACAAUUCGGAGUUUCAUGAAGGCCUUUGUGGAUUGUAUUAAACUGCCAGCAUUUUGUGCCUGUAAUCACUAAAUUCAAUUCAAUAUUUAGAAACACAGGCCCAGAUACAGAAACGGUAUCCAGGGUUUCAUGAUGAGAUGACUGACUAUUAUAGUGCUAGUACUUCUGGGAAGAAGUAAACAGAUAAAAGCAAAAAACGUGACUGUAGCUCUGUUUGUAUCACUGAAGUCAGGGAAUCAGAGUUUUUCUUUUCAAACAUUUUAAUGAGAGUUUAAACAAUAUUUAUUGUCUUUCCAAGCUCCACCUGUGCAAAAACCUCAAUGUCCAGCCGUUAAGUCAUUAGGUUUCUGAAGCAUUUAUUAAAAAUCAACACGAGUAAUUGAACUAUCGAGACAAGUUGCCUUUCAUGCAUGUGGCCGUGGGACGUGUUGUUUGGACAGGACGCCGCCUAUUAAGUUAAGAGCAGACCUGAAAGCUGCGCGGAUGACGCCAGCAGGCUGCAGCAGUGAAAGGCUUUAUUGGUGACAGCUUGUCUGAGUUUGGCAAAAAUAGAAACACGCUGUGAGCAACACGAUUCAACUCAUUAACCGAGAAUGUGGGAUUUGCCACAGUUCAGGAAUCGUCUCCGUGACAUAGUUUCUGCUGCGAAGCUGUGGAUUGUGUUGUACAGGUUUAGCUCACCUGUUGUCAUGUUUACUGUGCGUUAACAUGUUUAAUGUCCACAUAUCAGCAAACUAAUGUUCACUCUUGCAUGUCUGUGUUCUCCUAGUGCAUAUAACCUGAAGUUUCAAGUAUGACAUUUCAAGACCCUUAAAUCAUAAGUAGUGACAAACUGAAUGUAUUUAUCUGUGGCAGAAAACACACAAGUGAUCAGGAUGGAAAAAUAAGACUCUCUCAUAUAAAAGAAUGUAACACUUCAGAGGAAGCUGUUUUAUUUCAGGAGUGUCUCAGUGAAAUGGAAACUUGAGGGACUAGUUGUGGGUGCACACAAGUUUGCUGUAGCAGAAACCAGGAGUCUUGUUUUCAAUAAACUUCCAAAACAGUCAGAA